CGUUAUCGUUACGGUAUUAAAGAAGCUUCGGCAUCAAUCAUUCAAUUUAAUUGUGACUGUGAGUUUGAGUUUAGUGUUUGGUAUUUUUGUUUAAUUAUCGUUUUGCAAUCAAGUUACAUUUGGCUAUUGUUUUUUAAAAGUCUUGCCAAACUAUUGAAAUUUGUUUGUUAACAAUUAAUUCCUAGAUUUUCCUACAUAUGUACAUAUGUAUCUACAACAUUUAUAAAAAUCAAAUACCUAUUAUUGAUAAAUUUAAAGUCUAAAAUGACGACACAAAAUUCUUCUUCAUCUCCGAAUGAGAACACCGUUUUCGAAUGCGAUCAACAUGCAGCAAAUAUUUACCAAAAAUUGCAAAAUUUAUACAAUCAAAAGAACUUGUUCGAUAUUGUUCUCAUUGCUGGUGUUGGCAACGGCAGCAACAGCAACGAUUCUGCGAUCAAGAUUUCAGCUCACAAAGUCGUCUUGUGCGCAUUGAGUGAGUAUUUUUGUGAGAUUUUCAAUUCAACACAAACGAACGAAUUACACUUGAAAGACAUCGAGCCAUCAAUCCUUAAAACAAUACUUGAUUACAUGUAUUCGGGAUCGAUUCAACUAAAUCUGGAAAAUAUUGAGACAAUUUUGCGAGCUGCGGUUUUUUUAAAAAUUGAAAAUUUAAUCAAAGGAUGUUGUGAUUUCGUUGAAAAAAAUAUGAAUAGCAACAAUUGCUUACAUUGGCGUCGUUCGGCCAAAAACCUUUCCUUAUCUGAACUUCAAGUUAAAUCUUUGAAUAUCAUUUAUAAAACGUUAAAUGAAGUUAUUAAGAAUUCAGAGUUCAUGGAUCUAGACAAAGACGAAUUGAAGGAUGUAUUAUUCAACGACAAUCCUCGUGGACACUUAGAGGAACAAGUAUUUUUGGGUUUGUUGACUUGGAUCGAAUAUCGAAUGGUUGAACGUGAGAAUCUUUUACUGGAGUUGCUUUCAUUGGUUCGCUAUCAAUUUCUUACACCAAAGUUUAUCAUUCAAAAUAUAAAAUCAGUUGGCAAAACUGUUGAACACUGCGAAUUGGUUCACGGGUGGCUUCAAUAUCAUUUGUGGCCAGAAUCUAGAACAAGUGAACAACAAAACUUUCAGUUAGUAUCUAAGCCAAUGCCAAACAAAGAUGAAAACAAUGGAAUUGCAGCCAUUCAUAUAAAUUAUAGUAAUGAAGCUGAAAUUUACAGUUUAAAUAAUACUGUUAUGAAAAGAUCACGUCCUAUUUCGACAAAGUCACAUUGGUUUUAUAGUUCCAAAAUUGUGAUUGACAGAAAACUAUUCACAGUUGGAGGGACCACUAAAUCGGGAGAAGUAACAAAUGGCUUUGAGUGCUUGGACUUACAAACGUUUGAAUUUACUGUUUUGCCUCCCAUGCAAAUCCCCAGAAACCAGAGUCAGUUGGCAAAUUUAAAUGGAUAUUUAUGUGCCUUUGGUGGUUUCCAAGAUUCUAAUUGCAGAAUUUUCAUUGAUUCAAUGGAGAUUUACAACUUUUCAACACGUCAAUGGAGUUACUUACAGCCGCCUUAUAAACCUGAAAAACGAAACCGAAUAGUUAGUCAUAAUGGCAAUUUAUACAUUUUUGAUUUACAUUACGGUUGUUUGCAGUGCUAUGAUGUUUCUUCUAAACUCUGGACUUCGACAAAACUGCCCAUAAUUGAUAACCUUGAAGAUUUCCGAGGCUUUUUUGUGGGCGAUGUUGUGUAUUGUGUCUACAAUUUUGUUAAAAUCAAAUGCUGCAAUUUAUCCAAUGGUAACCAUACCUGGCAAGAAGUAGCUUCCAUCGAAUUGUCCCCUUCGAACAUUGGAACGUUUACAUUUUUUGAAAAUAAAAUUUUAUUUCUUCAACAGAAUUACCACGUUUUGGAAUAUAAUCUUGAUUCAAAAAUAAUCUCAGAUAUGGGAGAGUUAUUUUCUCGCAAAACUGUUUAUUUAUUUCCAUACAAAUUUGAACAUUUAUCAAGUUAAAGUAAGCGAGAUUAAUUCUUCUUGUAUUUUUCUGUUUUUUUUUUUUUUUU